AGACGUUGUCGCCUUUGGAUUUGAUUUUUGUGAUUUUUUGAUUUUUUUUGUAUUCUCUGAUUUAAAGUUUUGUAGCGAUUUUUCCCAAAGUGUGCAUAAUUUUUGCGCAGGUCUUCAAUACAAUACAUAUUUCCUGACAAAAUAUUCAGUGCCUGUAUGUAUGUGUACAACGGGUAUGUUAAAUUGUGUAGUUUUUUUUGUCCCGCCCAGUGUUUAAGCUAGUCUGAGACAGAAGUCGGCCUGUGCGGCUGGAAAAUCAGUUCUGAAUUUUAUAACUUAGAGAAAGGAAAUUUGAACAUACAGCAAGUAUUCCAAGGGACAUUACCAUAAAAGAAAACUAUUUUUUCAAUAAAUCAAAAUCGCGACAACUUCGAUUUUAUUUUUAUUUAUUUUUUUUUUAAAUAAAUUUCUUUCCGCUUCUACGUAGAUUAUCGCUCGAAUUCAUUUGAUUUUGUAACAUAAGCGACUACGAUUUCUUUUUAUCAUUUCGAAUCAACAUUAAAAUGGUGUAAGAUAAUUGGAAUGAACAUCUUGAAAAUGUGUAUACGGUUCAAUCGGAAAAAAAGUUGAAAGAAAAGCUUUGAAAUUGAAACAAUAAAAUAAAAUUUCAAUGUUUGUGCUAAACGGUGCUUAUUUAAACAAUAUAUAACUUUUAUAUAUCACAAUUCAAUUACAAUUGAACCCAACAAAACACUCAAACUUAAUCGAAUUGUCUAAAACAACAUUUAAAUAAACAAUUGAUUCAUCGGGUUGUAAUUGGUGAUGGAGUGCUUAAGACUAUUGAGUUGUAAUAUUGACCAUAUUCUAAUCAAUAAAAAAUUGUACAAACGGUGAGAUGAAUCAAUUCAAUAAGAAGUUGGGGUGACAUACGCAUCAGUGCGCUAACCGAGAGGGGGAGUAGCUUAGGGGUCUCCGCUUAAUUUAUGUUAAGGGACUCCAUGCAAUUGAAAAUGGAUCUACUACAUGGCGCCCACAUUUUAACCCUAUGGUUAGCACUAAACAUAGCCUUAUUUUUACCUCAGCCAUCAUCUAGGAGACAAGGUGUCGCCGAUGCAGCAACUGGUGGAGGCAGCAUGUUGGGCGAUGUAAACAUAUCUGCAAUUUUGGAUUCAUUUAGCGUCAGUUAUGAUAAAAGAGUAAGGCCAAAUUAUGGAGGACCACCGGUAGAAGUUGGCGUCACCAUGUAUGUGCUGUCGAUUAGUUCGCUGUCUGAAGUUAAAAUGGAUUUCACUUUGGAUUUUUACUUUCGUCAAUUUUGGACGGAUCCACGACUGGCAUACCGAAAACGGCCUGGUGUUGAAACACUGUCGGUUGGUUCGGAAUUUGUAAAAAGUAUUUGGGUACCUGACACAUUUUUUGUUAAUGAGAAACAAUCAUACUUCCAUAUUGCGACAACUAGCAAUGAAUUUAUUCGUGUACAUCAUUCCGGUUCGAUAACAAGGAGUAUGCGAUUAACUAUUACCGCUUCAUGUCCCAUGAACUUGCAAUAUUUUCCAAUGGAUCGGCAACUUUGUCACAUUGAAAUUGAGAGCUUCGGAUAUACGAUGAGGGAUAUUCGGUAUAAAUGGAACGAAGGACCAAAUUCUGUCGGUGUAUCGAGUGAAGUGUCUCUGCCCCAAUUCAAAGUAUUGGGCCAUCGACAGCGAGCCAUGGAAAUCAGUUUAACAACAGGAAACUACUCACGAUUAGCAUGUGAAAUCCAGUUCGUCCGUUCAAUGGGAUACUAUCUGAUCCAAAUUUAUAUCCCAUCUGGAUUGAUUGUAAUUAUAUCAUGGGUUUCGUUUUGGUUAAACAGAAAUGCAACACCAGCUCGUGUUGCCCUUGGCGUCACCACUGUAUUGACCAUGACCACACUUAUGUCGUCCACAAAUGCAGCGUUACCAAAAAUUUCUUACGUUAAGUCUAUAGACGUUUACUUGGGCACUUGUUUCGUCAUGGUGUUUGCAAGUUUAUUGGAGUAUGCGACCGUCGGUUAUAUGGCGAAAAGAAUUCAAAUGCGAAAACAACGAUUUUUGGCGAUACAAAAACAUACACAAGAUUUGAAAAAACAUCAAGUCGAUGGUGGCCAGCCGCAACAGGCUGGUCAAGUGGUAGGUGGUGGAGUUGGUGGAGGAGAUCACGGACAUGGGCAUGGUCAUGGUCAUAGCCAUGGUCAUCCUCAUGCACCGAAACAAACAGUGAGUAACCGACCAAUUGGUUUUUCAAAUGUCCAACAAAAUGUUGGAUCACGCGGUUGCUCGAUAGUGGGACCCUUGUUCCAGGAGGUGCGGUUUAAGGUUCACGAUCCAUCACGUCACUCCAAGGGUGGAACGUUAGAAAACACUAUCAACGGCGGUCGUGGCGGUAGCGGCCGAGGAAAUGAUAGUGGUCCAGACGAAGAAGCUGGAAAUGCUGGCGGUGGCGGCGGCGGUGGAGGAGGAGGACCUCCAGGUCCACAUCCACUGAUACAUCCAGGAAAAGAUAUAAAUAAACUGCUAGGUAUCACACCAUCUGAUAUUGAUAAAUAUUCAAGAAUAGUGUUUCCCGUUUGUUUUGUGUGUUUCAACCUAAUGUAUUGGAUAAUCUACCUUCAUGUAAGCGAUGUAGUGGCCGACGAUCUUGUACUCCUGGAAGAAGACAAGUAGAAGGCCCUUGGUCAUCUCCAAGACAGCUGCCCUACCAUCACGCUCUGUCUGUAUCAUUCACUUAUACACAAUAUUUAUGCAAUUAUAUACAACAUAUAAAUAAAAUUGAGCAAGCGAAACGCGUUUACUGCAACAAUCCCGAUGAAUGCAUUCAAUUAAAAUUUCUAGCGAUUUAACUGUAUUAUUGCGCUCUUAAUUAAUUUUGUUUAAUUGAUAAUUUUUAAUAUUUAUUGAUUGAAUUGUUCUUUAUUUUCUAUUUAAAAAAUAAUAAUUUUCUUUACUCAAGUAGUUUUUCUACAAAUGUGUAUUCGCAUGGACUGUCCUAUUAAUUUUUUUUUUUCUCUUUCUUCGUUUAUAUUUUCAAUUUCGUUUUGUUUUAAUGAAAAUGUUUAUUUAGCUUUUAAGUGAUAUGUACAAUAAAAAGUCUAGUUAAUUUUUAAAUAAACGAAUUUUUAAAGUAUAUCGUUUCGCAUGACUUUAAUAUAUUUUUGCCAAACGUUGCCACACUAUUUAAUUGAUACGCACAAUCAUAAUUCAUUUAAUUCUUAGUAGCAAAUUGAGACAGGUAAGAUCACUUUUUACAUUCCGCUAGUAACAUUUUCAUGUUCAUACCCCUUUCAUAAAUAUUUGUAUUGAAGUGGUACAAACAAUACAUUCUAGAAAUUUUACAAAAAGUGAGUCUAGAUCUUCAGAUUCUACCCUUUCCUACUAGCAAAACGGUUUAGCGAACACCAAUGUAAAGUUCCAGAUUAUCUCAUUUAUAUUGCUGUUUUAAGUUGUUCAAUAUUUUGUAUGUGAUGCAUGAUUAUCAUUGUCAGCAAAGCUCUCGCUCGAAUUACUCCACUUAUUUUCGAGCGGUAUUUUGGCGAAUCAAAGUUUCCUAAUUGAUUGACCAUAAGAAGACUGUAGUGUCAAGAAAAAAUUAACAUUUUAGUUGCAGCAAAAAUUGGAUAGCCCCAUUGCUAGCUGUGUGUCUACCACUAACAACAACGAUGGAUUUUUUUCUUUCUCAGUCACUGUUCACAAACAAGAUACUUCUCUCAUUCAAUUCUCAAUUAUUAAACACAUUUCGAGCUAAAGGUGCAAUGACGUCAUCUAACAAAAAGUUUAGAAUUUUUGGCAAAAAGAAUUGUGCAAAAACUUACAUAAAAUAUUUUUACGUAGCAUUGGAGCAUGAUUUAAUUAAAUGUAAUUGUUGAAAAAUUGUUGAAUGAGACACUAAAAACUAUGGGGUUUGAUGCAGAAAAAUGUUUCCCGCAUUAUCACCAACUCAUAUUUUAUAUUUUGUAUAGUAAGCAAUUCUAUCUGUUCGCAUAAAAAAAUGUGGAGAUAUCACGGGCCGACUGCAUGCUGGACAAGCAAAGUGCAAAAUUGGAGGACACUAUAUCGAAAGAAAUUGAUGUAAAUAAAAAAAGAAAAGAAUUAAAAAAAAUAUUACGACGUGGCGGAGAGACAAGACACGAGGUCUGGGAACACAUUUUUUCAAACGAUUGUACGCUAAAUAGUAGAAUAAAAUACAGAGUAUAAUGUUAGAUAUUCAUGAACACAAUUUACUGGAUGUGAGUUUGACUGAUAAAUCUUUGAAUAGAAACACAUGUGAAUUUAAUUAAAUAAAAAAAAAACGAAAAUAUUAAGAAAUUUAAUACCACAGAAAAAGAGAAAACGCUUAACCAAAUUUGUAUAAUAAAUAUAACGAGGAAUAACUAACUGUUCAAUUCUAAAUUAAAAAAGAAAGAUCAACCGCAAACUGAAGAACGUAGGAUUUAUUUGAUAAUUUAAAAGAAAAAUAGAAACAUCAUUGAAAACAAAACAAAAAUUCCAACAUCAUCAUCACUUAAUCGAAAUAUUGAGCUGAACGUUAAAAAAGCUUUUCAUCCGAAGAAAAACAGACAAAAACUAUCUAAAAUCGAUAAAUUAAUGGCUACACACCACCAUACCAUUCAUUUAUAUGAUUACCUAAGAAAAUGAAUAUUAAUUGUUAAGUAACUCUAGUAUAUCUAAAAAGACAAUUAUUAAGAGAUUAUAGCAAAAUAAUAAUUUAACAACCAUCGUAUUUAUAAUAAAAAAAAAUUGAAAAAAAUGAAAAAGCAAAAAAAAAACAAUCGAAGUGAUAUUGGAAUUAAAACUGAAAGUAAACGAAAUUAGAUUGAACAUUAUAGUGAAAAGAAAAACAAAUUGAGCCAAAAAAAACAAUUUUUUUCACAUGGCAGUUAAAAGAACUACCAUUAAAAUUGGUUGAACGUAUAACAUUUUACAAAAUGAUAACAUUGUUAGUUUGCUUUUGGUGAAAUUAAUUUCUGUUGUGGUUAGUGUUGUGGUUUCAUUCAUGUUAAUUUUAAAUAUUUGUGCUUUGACACAAUAAUUACAUAUUUGAAAUUACAAUAUAUACUCAGCAUAAAUUAGUCGAACUAAAUUUGUGAACCCAGAGAUAAUAUUCAAAAUUUGUAACAUUUAAUUAACUCAACACAAUAUUCCUUGUUAUUGUUUCAAACUUGUAAAAUGUGUCUUCGAGCUGUAGCAUCAUCCAAAUUUUAUCCAUUUAAAUCGUUUCUAUUUGAACAUUGGCGACAUCAUUCCUAUAUCUGUUUCGUUCGCAUUUUGUUCGAAUUUAAACCAAAAUGCAUUUCCUCAACCCCCUCACACUGACCAGUUUUAUAGGAGCUAGCAUUUUAAUAUCUAGUGUAGUUCGUAAACGAUAUAACUUCAUGAAGACUUGCACCAUAAAUUUAAGAUUCUUAUAAUGUCCUCUUGUUCCUAAAAAAAUCUCAAUCUUUUACACAAUACAGGAGUUGAUUUUGGAUUUUCGGUCACAUUGGUGUGAAGGUCGCCAGAACAAUUCAGUUUAAUUUUAACAUCGAGAUGUUUUACGAAAUUAGGCUGUAUUCAACGAGUAUGUAUGCAUUGUAUACUUCAAAAGCAUUCCAUCUUUUAUGUCAAAGAACUAAUUUAAGUGCAUAUCAGUUGUCAUGUCGUCAAGCUUUUAUUUUAAAAGCGAAGUAAGUUCUGAGAAAACGUUAAAUUCUUAGUUCAUACACAGCGAUUAUAAAAAUAUGUAAACAAAAUGAUAAUAAACGUUAGAGGGAAUAAAUGCCUUAUUCGGAAAGGGAAAGAAAAUUAAGAAAACUUUUUUCGUUGUGUUAUUGAGAAAUCUUGGACAAAGUACGGAAAACUAAAUGUCUAAAUGAAUUCUUCCAGAGAAAAGUAAAAAAAAACGAAAAUGAAUAAAAAAAACGUAUUAAAGAGUUAAACUUUAUUCAGAUUUUCAAACUUGGUUCAUUCCUAUUUUUUUUAGCAGAGAAACGGGCAACAUUUAGAAUGUAGUGCCAAUAAAUAAAUUGAAAUACAUUGUAGUGAGGUCUGGCAAAGCUAGUAACAUUUUUCCAUUCCAACUUCUGCUGUCGUUUAUUUAUAAAAGAUAAAAUCGUUUUUUUGCCCAUUUUAACUCGAUCGACAUAUUCAUUUAAUGAACACAUCUUUUUAUGCUCAGCGUAUUUGGAAAAAUGCUUUUUAAUUUCGUUUCCGAAAGACACAAACAUUCGAUAAAAAUUGAUCAAAUAAAGAAUUCGAUAAAAAAAAAUUGUUAUCUGAUGACAAGAGAAUUUAAUGAAUUAUUAUAAAGCAAAGGCAAAAAAUAUAAAAUAAUUAUCAAAAAAGAAAAAAAAAUAAGUAAAAUCAAUGCAUCUGUAUUCCUAUUUAUGCACCGAAGAUUUCUAUAAUUUAUUAAAAAUAAAAGAAAAAAAAUUAUGAAAAAGUGAAGAAGAAUUUAUAAUUAAACAACACGAUAAUGAAAGUAUUAAACAUAUUUAAAUGAAAAAAAGAAAAACAUUAAAACAUUGAUAAAGUAAAAUUACACUGCACUGUACAUUUAUACAUAAAAUUAUUCGUGUGUUUGGUUGAUCGAAAUGAUAAAAAAGUGGAAUUAUCCAAAAUAUCGUUUAGAAAAUAAAAAAUAUUAAAAAGACAAAAAAAAUUGUAAUUAAAUGAAAAAUUAGUGACGAAACCGUGGCAUAAUUGGUUUUCAUUUUACACCAUUAAAAGUGAAAGAAAAAAAAAACGUUUCAUAUUUCAACUUAAAUUAAUACUCGCACGAAAAUUUCAAUAAAUGUUUAAAAAGAAAAAUAUAGAAAUAUUAACGUAUAACAGGUGCAAAUAUAAUAUCUAAACUGAAAAUAGUUUCGCGACCUUAACCGUGCAUCGGAGGUUUUAAAAAAAAACAUUUCACUUACUGAUUGGGGUAUACUAUUGUCACAUAGCAUAGUUAUUAUACAUUAUGAAUAUCAAUAUAUACCAUGAAGUUAACAUUCUAUUCUGUUACAAUCAAAUUCACAUGCCACAUGCACUUUACCAUUUGCAUUUUCAUACGCAAAUUGGUAUCGAUGUUGUAUCGGUUGGGGGAUUCAACUGAACUAGAUCCACUUCUGUUCAUUUUAAGUAACAUUUGAGGAAAAUAUUUAUUCCAAUCAAUAACUUAGACGACUAUGCCAUCAGUAAAAUAUGCGAUGAGCUAUGACUAAAUUGCUCUCUCAAAUAUAGCCAAAUGUACAUUAAAAUGAAGUAAUUUGAUCUUUUGAUCUCCUAUAACAAUAUUUAAAAUGUCGAUAAUUAUAUAUACAUGUCUUCUGUGAAGGAAGACAAUUCCAUACCAAUUGAGUAGAAUACAUAAUGUUCUGCUCUGCAAAUUUAACAUACUUUGCAAAUUGGUCAUCCUAUUUCUAGAUAAAGAUAAAGACAACCUUAAUCUGAUGGUGUUCAUGAUUCUGAUCUGAUUCUAUAUGAAAAUAAAAUGUGAAUUUUUAAACGGCGAUUGUAACAAAGGUAAAUCGUUUGUGACCAGAAUUUAAUCUAGCAGAGAUUAUAUUGGCAAUAGUACCCAUUGAUGUUUGUGUUUUAAUGAACAUUAAAUCAUCGGAAUUUUAUAAUUUCAAAUUGAAACGAAAAUUUGUUACCAAACAGUUUGCUCAAUCAAAUAUAUAUAUUUAUGUAUUACUAAAGAGGAAGAAGAAGAAAUUACUUAAACUAAAAUUACUUAUCCCACAAAAUAAACACAUUAAACAUAAUGAAAAAAAAAACUACACUAAAAUUGCAUUUACACAAAAUACACCCAAAUUCACACGUAAAAAGAAAUUAGUUGUAAAAACAUGUUAUAUAAAUGAUAUAAACAAAAGGAUUUAAGGAAGAAAAAAAACAUUAAAAAACCAUUAGAAUCAGGAAGUUUUAUAUUAAAAAAAAACAAUUAAAAGAAGAAUAUAUAAAAUUAUAAUUGUCUUUUGAAUUGUUGUGCAACUAAAAAUACGCUCUCAUUGACUACCCAAAAGAUGAAUCGUUCGUCAUUCGCUGGCGUGAAGGAUAUGAAACAGAAAACAUCUAAAUGCAGAAUUAUAAAAAAAUACUUCACCUUAAAGUUCUAUUAUACGUUUUUGAGGUACAUAAGCAAUAUCUUUUUUACAAUCUUAAAACCGACGAGUUGAAACAAAGAAAGAAAAAUAUAAAAUUAAAAAAAAUUAUUAAAUUUUACACAUGACAAAAAAUGGAAAAAUAUUUCACACAUUAAUUUUAGGCAUUUAAUUAACAAACAAAAAAUCGAUAUGAAAUUGAAAGAAAAUGAAAAACCAAAGAAGAAUGAAAAAUGUAAAUAAAAAGAAUUUUAGUUUACAACCAAAAAAAAAUAUGGAAAAUUACUAAAACUUAUAUUUAGAGCACCACAAUUCGAAAGGAAGUAUUUUAGUAUAAUAUUAAAAAAAAUAUAGAGCAUUGUGACAAAAAUUGUGAACGUUGAUGCAGUAAAUGAUAUUUUUUGACUGUACUAAAAAUGUGAGAAGAAAUUUAUUGAACAACACACAAAAGAUUAUAGGAAAUAAAUAUACAAAAACAACAACAAAGAAAUCAUUUUUCUGCGGAUGAUUUAUUCUUCUGGAAUUAUUAUUUACCUGAACGGGGUAAACAUAUAUUUAGCAUAUAGAAUGUCCUAAGGAAAACACAUAUAAAUAUUAAAUUGAUGAUUGCUCUCACGGUGAGCUUGAACAUUUCUUUUUAAAAUCAGUAGUCAAUUAUACCGUCAAUGGUACAUUAAAUAAUUUUUAUGGAAAAUUUCUUUUCGGAUUAUUUUAGUGAAAUUUAACUCGAUUUCCCUCCUUUUUUUAACUAUAUUUGGUUAGUUAACGACAAAAACAUUUAAAAAUGCUUAAACAAAAGAAUUAAAAAGUUUAUGAUUAAGACUUCGUUUUAGAAGCCUCAAAUGUAAGUUUUUCUAAGUAUACCGUUACAUUGUUCUUCCACUCUUCUAGUCUGUAUAAUUCGUUUAACAAUUUUUUUAAAAACUUAAAUCGUUUUACACUGAACCACACACCCGUUUCAUUUUUGUCUCGCUCAAAUUCCCUUUUUGUCACAUGCCUUAAACACGAAAUUCUAAACUGAAUAUAUAUUAUGAUAGAAAAAUAUUAAAUAUUUAAUUAAGGCAUUAUAUAGGUAACGAAGAAUAAUUUAUGUCGAUAUAGACAAAUUUUACAAGAGUAAAAGUUUAUAUAGUGAAAAAACAAAAACAAAGAAAAACAAAAAAUGGAUUAAGAAUAUUAAAGGAGAAAAAAAUGAAAAAAAAAACUAUUUGAAGAGGUUUGGUUCGCAAUUUAUUAAUUAGAAUGAGGAUUACGUUUAUUUUAUACGUGAAGUACCGGUUAGAUUGGAAAUUUAAGCCGACAACAACAAAGUGAAAUUCAUAUUUUGCAUAAUGGAGAAACAAAUUUUGAUGUUUGUCUUAUUUUUCUUUUUUGUUUUCAAAAUAAUGGAGGCAUUUAAAUUAGCCAUUGAAUGAAUGAGAAAAUUAAUACAUUUUCUACGACGAGUUUUUAUUU